AUGACGACGAUGACCUGCCAUGACCAUAGGGAGCAGUCAAGAAGGAAGGAGGGCGCCCGUGCCCACGUGAUCUGCUCUCCCUUCCCUCUUCCCCAGCUCUGUCCCGUGAGUCAGGCACUUCCGCAUCUCGUAGGCUCUCGGACCGACGCUCCCGGCCCUGCUCGGGCUCCUGGGCUGGGCUCCCAGCUCCCGCCAGCAAGCGGCGAGUUCUCCGCUUCUGCCUUUGGAAGACCAUGCCUUUCCCCAAUACCGGGGAGCCCUGAAGAUGAGGGAAUGGCCCCCGUCCUCCUAAGGGCUGCUAAGGCCCCCCACCAGGAACUGCUGACAUUCAAGGAUGUGGCUGUGGACUUCACCCCAGAGGAGUGGGGGCAGCUGGUCCCUUCUCAGAAAGAGCUGUACAGGGAUGUGAUGCUGGAGAACUACUGGAACCUGGUCUCCCUGGGACUUACAGAUGCCAGACCAGAUGUGAUCCACCAGCUGGAGAGAGGGCAAGUGCUUUGGAUGCCAGAGAGAGAUGGCCCAAGAAACACCUAUCCAGAUUGGGAGCUUAGCCUCCAAACCAAGAAGUCAGCUACCAAGAUGAGCAUUUCUGCAGAAGAAUCAUCCCAGGAAAGAUUCACAAGACAUGAUGACUUUGUUGCUAAGCUGGGAGAAACCUGGGAAGUAGGUGACAGCUUUGAUACACCAAAUAGUGAAGAGAAACCUUAUGAAUGUGACCAUUGUGGGAAGGCCUUCCAUCAGAGGACAGGACUUACUAAUCAUCAAAAAAUCCAUACAGGGGAUAAACCUUUUGAAUGUAAUGUCUGUGGGAAGGCCUUCCGCCGGAGCACACACCUUACUCGACAUCAGAGAAUUCACACUGGUGAGAAGCCUUACGAAUGUAACAAGUGUGGAAAGGCCUUCCAUAGGCGGACAGGACUUAAUGAACAUCAAAAAAUUCACACUGGAGAGAAACCUUAUGAAUGUAAAGCGUGUGGAAUGGCCUUUCGCUGGAGCACAGGACUUCUUCGACAUCAGGCAAUUCAUACUGGGGAGAAAUCUUAUGAAUGUAAUAUAUGUGGGUCAGCUUUCUUUGAGAGAAAAUCACUUGUUCAACAUCAAAGUGUUCAUUCUGGAGAGAAACAUGAAUGUAAUGAAUGUGGGAUGACCUUCUUCAAGAGGAAAUCCCUUAUACAACACCAGCGAAUUCAUACUGGAAAGAAACCCUAUGAAUGUAAUGACUGUGGGAAGGCCUUCUUCUGGAAGACAGGUCUUCUUUGCCACCAAACAGUUCAUACUGGAGAGAAACCUUAUGAGUGCAAUGAAUGUGGGAAGGCCUUCGCUCGGAAGACGGGGCUUAUUCAACAUGCAACAAUUCAUACUGGAGAGAAGCCCUACAAGUGUCAUAAAUGUGGGAAGGCCUUCCGUCAGAGCGCACACCUCGUUCAACAUCAGAGCGUUCAUACUGGACAGAAGCCUUACGAAUGUCAUGAAUGUGGGAAGUCCUUCUCCCGGAAGACAGGACUUACUCAACAUGAGAGAGUUCAUACUUGAGAGAAAUUUUAGGAAUGUAAUGCGGAUGGGAAGAUCUUCUGUAGGAGUGCAGAACUUUUUCAACAUCCUGAAAUUCAUAUGGCAAAGAAACCUUUUGGUUUUCAAAUGGCUUUCAAGAGCAAAAAACUCAGUUGACCUCAGAGGAUUUAUACCAGAAUGAAACCUUAUGAGUCUAAAGUUUUUUGUGUAUCAGAAGUAUUUGAGUCAAAAUACAUGCAUAUUUUACUCAAAAAUCUAGAAUUAAAACUAAAAGAAAAUCUGAACUUCUGGCUAUUCUGAACUUUCUCUCUCUCUUCCUUUCCCCUCCCAGUUCAUGCUUAUAGAAGAUGACUUAGAUGAAUUCACUGAGAACAUUGUUGAUCUCACAAGUGCCCCUUCCCUCAAUUCCUUGACUCUAAACUGCUGAGAAUUGUCACCCCUUUGCUCUUCCUUCUUUCUGAUCAUAGAUGCAAAGCAUUAGACUAAAUAUUACCCUGUGUGUGCCCUUGAUCCCAUUACCUCCUGCUUACUGCGGGCCCUCUCUCUGGCACACAUCCCUUCUCCCAUGUGCUUUCCAUCUGUCGCUCUCUAUUGGUGCUUUAUCAUCUGGCUGCAAACAUGGGCCUGUCUCCUUUCAUGAUUUUGAUUUUUCUCCCAACUGUGGCAACACAUUGAAUACUUCCUAGCCUUGAUAACCCUCUGUGUGAAUAAGAGGGUUUGGUAGAGUAUCCUGCUUCUCCCUCACCUGACUUUUUCCAGGACUGUCCUGGGAUAUAUCCGAGGAUCAUAGGCUGACUUUCCAUUGUCCAAAGUGCAAGACCAUCUUGAUUCAGCGAUAUCCUUGAAUGAUCAUAUGUACUUGACCAAAGAACAUGGCAUCCUAUCCAUUUUAUUAGGACAGGCUUCUCCUUUCACUGAAAGACCUCCCAAAAGGUCAUUGUGUCAUGACUGGGGAUGAGACUGAGACAGCACCUUGGGCCCUAGCAGGAGAGCAGAGGACUAAAAAUAUGACCUGGAGUUUUAUUCCUUGACCCUGCUCCCUCAAUUUCUCCUCUCUGACUGCUGAGGGAUUGGAAACCUUUCAGUCCCAUGCUGACUUUCUCUGUUUCCUGCUGGCCCUUCCCCUUUUUCUCUUCCCUUCCUUAUGUUAGCAAGAUCUUAGAGAAAGUAGUGAGCAAAGAGAUAACUCAUUGACUUUCUGAUCUGGCAGAACUUGGAAUGUAGAAGAUAGGGAUUACCUUCUGCCUUCAAAGUCAGGUGAUGAGAAACAGGCUUGGCUUCUAGCACAUAACCCAACUUGAUGAGAGAUAAUUGGGGAAGGGCAGCCUUUUAGACUCAUCUUCUAGAACCACUUUAGCCCCUUCCAUUUUCUUCUGUUUCAGUGGGAGAAUAAAGACUUGGCUCAUUCCUUUUAAAGAGCUCUCUUGGAGGCAGCUAGUUGGCACAGUUGAUAAAGCACCUGUCCUGGAUUCAGGAGGACCUGAGUUCAAAUCCGGCCUCAGACCCUUGACACUUACUAGCUGUGUGACCAUGGACAAGUCACUUAACCCUCAUUGCCUUGUAAAAGAAAAAAAAAGAAAGAGCUCUCUCUUCUUCUCCAUCUCCUUCAUGGGCUAGGGAGUACUUCUUGGCAGCUGCAUGGCAAAUCCAAUGUGUCUGGGGCAGUUAUCAAUCAAUUUUGAGCCUCUUCAGAAAUAAUUGUGUCAUAUAUUUAAGAUUAAUUUUAAUGAUGUUAAUUUUGUGAUGUAGGGGUCCCUUUUGAUAGGUAGGUAGGUUUUUGCUGACCUAGACAUUUCCCCUCAUGGUCCCCAUUAAAUACCUCCCUCAGGCAAAAUUGUGCCUUUAUUGUGAUUCAACUUAGACCAGGGCUUCUUAAACUUUUUCCACUGGCAACCCCUUUUUCCUGAGAAAUUUUUACAUGACCCUAGGUAUAUAGGUAUAUAAAAUAGGUGUACAUAACCUUUUACUGUAGCCAAAUUUUUCUUGACCCUAACAUCCAGUUAAGCUACUCCAUAUGGGGUUGCAACCCACUGUUAGGAAGCUUUGACUUAGACUAGGCAGUACCUAAAAGUCCUUGAGAAUGCUGGCCCCCGAGAAUUCUGCAGUGUGGCUGGCUUAUUAACAGUGCUAAUACAAAUAAAAUGUGUGGGUAAUAACGGUAAUAAUUAGCUUAGCUCUUCAACAUCUGCAAAGCGCUUCCCAAAUAUUGUCUCUUUUGAUCCUCACAACAACGUUCUGAGUUGGGUUCUAGAUCAGAGAGAGCUAGGGACUUGCUGAGGACCCCACAGCACUAAGUGUGUGAGCUAAGGUAUCUAAGCCUUAAGGUUUCUGUAGCUAAGCCUUUCUGCUUCAUCCAGUGCUCUGUCUUCUAGGCUGUGCCAAGCUGUUUAAUCGAAGCCCUGGACCUGGUUCACCUAAGGAUAAACACAUCUCUUCAUCUGGUUAUGUCCUCAUCACUUCGUAAGCUCCUUUGAGGGCAGUGACGAUUGCAAAAAGAAGAAAGGGAGCACCUAGUUCAAGCCUCUGGAUCUGAUGACCUCUAGCAGAGACCUUUAAUUCUUUUCUGUGCUCUACCCCUUUUGCAGUUUGGUAAAGCCUAUGGACCACUUUUCAGAAUAAUGAGCCCUGGACACAGUGCCAUGAAGAUCUGAGUUCAAAUCCCACUUCACAUACAUAUUGGCUGUGUGACCCUGGGUAAG